GUGACUCUCUUAAAGGCCCCCUUCUCGGUGCCAGCUAUGAAUUCCUGCAACUUCUCACACACCACCUUUGUGCUUAUUGGUAUCCCAGGACUAGAGGGAGCCCACUUCUGGAUGGGCUUCCCCCUGCUCUCCAUGUAUGCCGUGGCAGUGUUGGGAAACUGCAUCGUGGUCUUUAUUGUAAGGACAGAACGUAGCCUGCACGCGCCCAUGUACCUCUUUCUCUGCAUGCUGGCAGCCAUUGACCUGGCUUUGUCCACAUCCACCAUGCCCAAGAUCCUUGCCCUUUUCUGGUUUGAUUCGAGGGAGAUUACCAUCGAUGCCUGCAUUACCCAGAUGUUCUUUAUUCACACUCUCUCAGCCAUUGAGUCCACCAUCCUGCUGGCUAUGGCCUUCGACCGUUAUGUGGCCAUCUGCCAUCCGCUACGCCAUGCCGCAGUGCUCAACAACACAGUCACAGCCCAGAUUGGCGUGGUGGCGGUGGUCCGCGGAUCGCUAUUCUUUGUCCCACUGCCUCUGCUCAUCAAGCGACUGACAUUCUGCAAAUCCAACGUCCUUUCCCACUCCUACUGUGUGCAUCAGGAUGUGAUGAAGUUGGCCUACACAGGCACGUUGCCCAACAUUGUCUAUGGUCUCACGGCCAUCCUGCUGGUCAUGGGCGUGGAUGUCCUGUGCAUCUCCUUGUCCUAUUUCCUGAUCAUACGAACCGUCCUACAACUACCUUCCAAGGCAGAGAGGGCCAAGGCCUUUGGAACCUGUGUGUCGCACAUUAGUGUGGUACUGGCCUUUUACGUGCCUCUCAUUGGCCUCUCCGUGGUGCACCGUUUUGGAAAUAGCCUUGAUCCCAUCGUGCAUGUUCUCAUGGGUGAUGUUUACCUGCUUCUGCCGCCAGUAAUCAAUCCUCUCAUCUAUGGUGCCAAGACCAAACAGAUCAGAACGCGGGUGAUAGCCAUCUUCAAGAUCAGCUGUGACAAGGACCUCUCAGCUGUGGGCAGCAGGUGA